AUGGGUCUCAAAACUCCAUUCAAAAAUGGAAUACCAGGCAAAGGUUAUUUCCAAGGUCUUAAGAGAAAACAUCCAUCUAUUGUAAUCCGUAAGCCAGAGAAGUUGGGUACAUCUCGAGCCAGGUGCCUUAAUCCAACUAUUGUUAACCGAUAUAUUGAUGAUCUUGGUAAACUCCUUAUCAGUCUUGGAAUUGAGAAUAAGCCAUCUCAAAUAUGGAACAUGGACGAGACAGGCAAACAAUUUGAGCACAACCCAGUCCGUGUAGUUGCAAGAAAGGGGGUGAAAAAUUUGCCGGGUCGUACUAGUAAUCAAAGGACCAACACCACCAUCCUGGCAUGCGUAAGUGCAAGUGGUCAAGCUAUGCCUCCUCUUAUGAUCGUGAAAGGUAAGACCCAGCGGUCACUAUAUUCGUGGAACACGGCUGCAGCGCCCCAAGGGACUAAAUGGGCCUUCCAAGAGAAUGCAUGGAUGACAGAAACUAUAUGUAAGGACUGGUUUGAAGAAAUAUUUCUUCCCUUCUGCGGCAGUGCUAGACCCCAAUUAUUGAUUUGUGAUGGUCAUCGUUCACAUGAAGCACAUGCACUCCUGGAAAUUGCCAGAGAUAACAAUAUUGAAAUUCUGGCUCUCCCUCCCCAUACUACUCACAAACUUCAGCCAAUUGACAAGAGUGUGUUUGGCCCUUUUAGUGCAUAUUACAACGAAGGUUGUACUGAAUUUCUCUCAGCUAGUCCUCAUCACACUAUAAAUAAAUGGUCAUUCCCUGAGAUCAUUGCACGGGCUUGGGAACGUGCCAUGACUGAAAAAAUAUAA